AUGACCAGCUUCGGGACUGGAUCAGCUACUUCUACCAUCUCUAUCGCCCCUGAUGGCACUGAUCUAACAGGGACAGUUGUUAUCGUAAUACCCGGCCCGAGCUUUACAGGCCCGUUUACGACAAUUACAACAACAGGAACAGGCCCCAAGACAUUGACCAUAACCCAGCCGCCCAUUGCAGGUGACCCUACCGGUACCAUUAUCAUUAUUAAGCCAUUAUUUACUGGACCAUAUGCAACUACUACGAGUACUGGCACAGAUUAUCAAACUUCUACCCAGUUCAUAAUACCAAGUGGGACGGACCUGACAGGAACAGCGAUUGUCAUCGUCCCAUCGACAUCAUUUACGGGACCAUAUACCACAAUAACUAGUACCGGCACGGGAUUGCAAACAUUAUAUACUACUCUACCACCAAGCGGUACUAACUCUACCGGUACAGUAAUUGUAAUUCUGCCUUCAUUAGCAUUUACAGGUCCGUAUACCACAACAACCAGUACCGGCACGGGAUGGCAAACCUCACUUGCCACUUUACUACCAAGUGGAACCAGUACAAUCGGUACUGUAAUCCUCGUUAUUCCUUUAUCUACAUUUACAGGACCAUACACCACAAUUACCAGUACCGGCAUAGGUACCCAGACGUCAUUUACAACCCUACCACCAAGCGGUACUGACUCUACUGGUACUGUCAUUAUCGUUAUUCCAUCAUCCACAUUUACUGGACCAUAUACUACAACUACAAGUACCGGCACAGGAACCCAAACGUCAAUUACGACCCUGCCACCGAGAGGUACUGAUCCCAGUGGUACUGUUAUUGUUGUUAUUCCAUCAUCCAAAUUUACUGGACCAUACACUACAAUAACUAGUACCGCUAAAGGUGUCCAAACGUCAAUUAAGACCCUGCCACCAAGCGGUACUGACCCUAGUGGUACUGUUAUUGUUAUUAUUCCAUUAUCUACAUUUACAGGACCAUAUACUACUACUACAAGUACUGGCACAGGGACACAAACGUCAAGUACGACCCUACCACCGAGCGGUACUGAUCCUAGUGGUACAAUCAUUAUUUUUAUUCCAUCAUCCACAUUUACAGGACCGUACACUACAAUGACCAGUACCGGCGCAGGUUCCCAGACGUCAAUUACGACCCUACUACCAAGCGGUACUGACUCUACUGGUACUAUUAUUGUUAUUAUUCCUUUAUCUAUAUUUACAGGACCAUAUACUACAAUCAUCAGUACUGGUACAGGUUUCGAGACGUUAAUUACAACCCUGCCACCAAGUGGCACUGACUCUACUGGUACUGUCAUUAUGGUUAUUCCAUCAUCUAGAUCUACUGGACCAUAUACUACAAUAACCAGUACCGGUACAGGUUUACGGACGUCAAUUACGACCCUGCCACCGAGUGGCACUGACUCUACUGGUACAAUCAUUAUGGUAAUUCCAUCAUACACAUUCACUGGACCAUAUACUACAAUCAUCAGUACUGGUACAGGUUUCGAGACGUUGAUUACAACCCUGCCACCAAUUGGCACUGACCCUACUGGUACUGUCAUUAUGGUUAUUCCAUUAUCCACAUUUACUGGACCAUAUACUACAAUAACUAGUACCGGUACAGGUACACGGACGUUAAUUACGACCCUGCCACCGAGUGGCACUGGGUCUACUGGUACUGUUAUUAUGGUUAUUCCCUCAUCUACAUUUACUGGACCAUAUACUACAAUGAUUAGUACCGGUACAGGUACAAGGACGUCAAUUACAACCCUGCCACCGAGUGGCACUGACUCUACUGGUACUGUCAUUAUGGUUAUUCCCUCAUCUACAUUUACUGGACCAUAUACUACAAUAACUAGUACCGGUACAGGUAUACGGACGUCAAUUACGACCCUGCCCCCGAGUGGAACUGACUCUACUGGUACUGUUAUUAUGGUUAUACCAUCAUCCACAUUUACUGGACCAUAUACUACAAUCAUCAGUACUGGUACAGGUUUCGAGACGUUAAUUACAACCAUGCCACCGAGUGGCACUGACCCUACUGGUACUGUUAUUAUGGUUAUUCCAUCAUCUACAUUUACUGGACCAUAUACUACAAUAACUAGUACCGGUACAGGUACACGGACGUCAAUUACGACCCUGCCACCGCGUGGCAUUGACUCUACUGGUACUAUCAUUAUGGUUAUUCCAUUAUCUACAUUUACUGGACCAUAUACUACAAUUAUUAGUACUGGUACAGGUUUCGAGACGUUAAUUACAACCAUGCCACCGAGUGGCACUGACCCUACUGGAACUGUUAUUAUGGUUAUUCCAUCGUCUACAUUUACUGGACCAUAUAGUACAAUAACUAGUACCGGUACAGGUACACGGACGUCAAUUACGACCCUGCCACCGAGUGGCACUAACUCUACUGGUACUGUCAUUAUGGUUAUUCCAUCAUCCACAUUUACUGGACCAUAUACUACAAUCAUUAGUACCGGUACAGGUUUCGAGACGUUAAUUACAACCCUACCACCAAGUGGCACUGACUCUACUGGUACUGUUAUUAUGGUUAUUCCAUCAUCUACAUUUACUGGACCAUAUACUACAAUAACUAGUACCGGUACAGGUACACGGACGUCAAUUACGACCCUGCCACCGAGUGGCACUGACUCUACUGGUACUAUCAUUAUGGUUGUUCCAUCAUCUACAUUUACUGGACCAUAUACUACAAUGACCAGUACCGGUACAGGUACAAGGACGUCAAUUACGACCCUAGUACCGACUGGCACUGACUCUACUGGUACUGUCAUUAUGGUUAUUCCAUCAUCUAUAUUUACUGGACCAUAUACUACAAUUAUCAGUACUGGUACAGGUUUCGAUACGUCAAUUACAACCAUACGACCGAGUGGCACUGACUCUAUUGGUACUGUCAUUGUGGUCAUUCCAUCGUCUACUUUUACUGGACUAUAUAUUACAAUAACUAGUACCGGUACAGGUACAAGGACGUCAAUUACGACCCUGCCACCAAGUGGCACUGACUCUACUGGUACUGUCAUUAUGGUUAUUCCAUCAUCCACAUUUACUGGACCGUAUACUACAAUCAUCAGUACCGGUACAAGUUUCGAGACGUUAAUUACAACCCUGCCACCGAGUGGCACUGACCCUACUGGUACUGUUAUUAUGGUUAUUCCAUCGUCUACAUUUACUGGACCAUAUACUACAGUGACAAGUACCGGUACAGGUACACGGACGUCAAUUACGACCCUGCCACCGAGUGGCACUGACUCUACUGGUACUGUCAUUAUGGUUAUUCCAUCAUCUACAUUUACUGGACCAUAUACUAUAAUGACUAGCACCGGUACAGGUACACGGACGUCAAUUACGACCCUGCCACCGAGUGGCACUGACUCUACUGGUACUGUCAUUAUGGUUAUUCCAUCAUCUACAUUUACAGGACCAUAUACUACAAUGACCAGCACCGGUACAGGUACACGGACGUCAAUUACGACCCCGCCACCGAGUGGCACUGACUCUACUGGUACUGUCAUUAUGGUUAUUCCAUCAUCUACAUUUACUGGACCAUAUACUACAAUGACCAGCACCGGUACAGGUUCACGGACGUCAAUUACGACCCUGCUACCGAGUGGCACUGACUCUACUGGUACUGUCAUUAUUGUUAUUCCAUCAUCUACAUUUACUGGACCAUAUACUAUAAUGACUAGCACCGGUACAGGUACACGGACGUCAAUUACGACCCUGCCACCGAGUGGCACUGACUCUACUGGUACUGUCAUUAUGGUUAUUCCAUCAUCUACAUUUACAGGACCAUAUACUACAAUGACCAGCACCGGUACAGGUUUCGAGACGUUAAUUACAACCAUGCCACCGAGUGGCACUGACCCUACUGGAACUUACCAGUACAGGUUCACGGACGUCAAUUACGACCCUGCCACCAAGUGGCACUGA